GAAACAGUGGGGGAUGGAGAUCCGUCAACCUAACCUCUCUCCGUCAUCUGCAGUUAAAGCCCCCCAACUGCACCGCAUAACGCGCGGACGACGACCAAUCGAUGCCCAAAACCCAACCCAAACCCAAAAACGAAAGAAAGCAUCUCUCUCUCUCUCUCUCUCUCUUCUUAGCUGUAAAUACAAAAUCCCCAAUUUCAUUUCAUGUGCCGCUUGUCUCCCUCUUAUUCUCCCAAUCCAACCUCUACUGUCAGAAGAUUCCAGAUCUCAUCAGCUUCCAUGUUGGAUUUCACCUCCUACUCGAUGGACAGGGGACAAGCUCGAGAUUUUCGUACCUUUCAUAGUCCAAAAUAGCAGGACCGAGAUAAGGAGAUAGGGUUUGAUUGAUUCAAUACAAGUCAUAGAUGGAUUUUGUAAGGCAUGAUUUUUCCGAAGAAGGACGGAAAGGGAGGGGCGGUGGCAGCGGGGGAUCGUCGGUUUCGUGCUCGAUUUGCUUGGAAUGUGUCGUUGAUAGAGGGGAGAGAUCGAUUGCCAAGCUGCAAUGCGGGCAUGAAUUCCAUUUAGAUUGUAUUGGUUCUGCAUUCAAUGCAAAAGGAGCUAUGCAAUGCCCAAAUUGUCGGAAAGUUGAAAAAGGCCAAUGGCUAUUUGCAAAUGGAUAUCGCCCUCUUUCUGAACUUAAUGUAGAUGAGCUCGUCAAUGAAGACUUCUAUGAUCUGGCUUACUCUGACCUGCCAUUUGGACUUCAGUGGUGUCCUGUUCGUGGAUUUAUGCAACUAUUUGAUGACGGAGAACCCCAGCCAAACCCUUAUCAUGAUAUGUUAGGAACUGCAGCAUUUGGGGACCACUCAAAUGCUUCAAGUAGUACGCACGUGUGCCCCUAUCUUGCUCUCCAUGGGUUUUCACAUUCUAUACAUCCUGUGCCGUCAAACGCUACUGAUGCCGUGUCCGAUGCCACUUCAUUUCAUCAGCAUGUGACUGGAUUAGGAGUGCCAUCAUCCAGCGACAUGUUGAACUCGCAUGGUUUUUCUGCAGCAGAACCACGACACAACUGGCAGCAGGCGUCUCUUCCUUUUCCCGUCUCUGGUGGCAGCUUAAACACUGCAGAGCAGCCCACAUCUCAGUUGGCUUCAAGGUUAUCUAGGAGUGACUCGGGUGGCCCGCAGAGGUUAGGAUCCUCUGUUCAGCCUCUUCCUUUUAUUCACGGGUCUGUUGCACGAGCAGGCGGCAAUUUGGUGGCUGCACUAGUGCCUCCUGUUGUAGGGGACGCUAGGGGUCAUACUCGCGGGCCAAAUGGUCAUAUAUAUCAGCAGUCUGCACCAGCUUCUGCUCUUCGAACUGCCCCAUUUGCUCCAACCAGGAGAACAAGGCACAGAGGAUUUGCUCUGUUUUCCUCUGUAGGCACCAAUUCCUUACCUGAAAGCAGUGGUUUCCAUGGGUUUUCUGUAUCUGGGUCUGUGAAUAGAAACCAUCAAGAUGGUGAACAUAUCGGCCGACGUUUUGAUCGGGGGGUCUAUGGAUGGGUGAGAGAAGGGUUUGCCCCUCUGCCAUGGAUCCCUGUUGAAGGUGAAUCUCAGUGGUGGAGCCCUUUCCACACUAAUCAGAAUCCCCAAACAGUAAGUGCAGAUUCCCAGACUAGAAACUUCUUCCAACAAAGGGUCAACACAGAGAGGGUCACACAAGGGCGGCCGGAGAAUGCGUAUCAACGGGUCCCACUCCCUAGGAUGUCGCCUUUCAUGUGAUAGGUUCCACUGCCGAGGCAUGACCCCCCGGAUGGAUGUAUUGGAACUCGUUUCUAGUCUUUUUGUAAAUUCCUGUAAUGCUCUCAAGGACUGCUUGUCUGGGCAUAUGAACUAUCCUUCUGCAGUCAUCUCUGUAUGAGAUUUGGCUUUCUUGGCUGCAGUUUUUGGAUGAUUUAAAAGCUCUUCUAGCAGGAGCCCACAUGUUUCCUGGUGGACUACAUGAAUCCAUGGGAGUGUGUAAUCAUGGAUUAUGAGUGGAAGCUUGAGAUAAAGGUGGGUUUUGC